AUGACCACAACAACAACCUCCGACGGUCACCUUGCACCUCAGGAUGCUCGGGGUCCUGAAGAUCCUCAGCUUCUCAGCGCUACUCAAAGAUCGCGAUGGGCAACCCAAAGAAAAAGCGUCAACAGCAGCAACAACAAGCGCAGCUCUCUUCUUGAACGCAUGGGACACAAGAAGUCGGGCUCAAACGAAAAGAACCCUCCCUCCGAUGGACCCGACCCAGGCAAUGGCAACACUCAACCACCGCAACCGAAUCCUGAGGAGCAGGAUGAUGGUGACGAUGAGUAUGAGGAAGAGGAGAACGAGAACAGGACUUUGUUCUUCAACCAACCUCUGCCGAGUCAACUUCUAGAUGAGCAAGGCAACCCAAGUCAGACAUUCACACGAAACAAGAUUCGAACAGCCAAAUACACACCGUUGUCAUUCGUUCCUAAAAACUUAUGGUUCCAAUUCCACAACGUUGCCAACAUCUUUUUCUUGUUCUUGGUUAUCCUGGUCAUCUUCCCUAUCUUUGGUGGUGUUAACCCAGGUCUUAAUGCUGUCCCUUUAAUUUUCAUUAUCGCAGUCACAGCUAUCAAGGAUGCCAUCGAAGACUACCGACGAACAGUUCUCGACAUCGAGCUCAACAAUGCUCCGGUUCAUCGACUACGAAACUGGAACAAUGUCAACGUCCUCGAGGGCGAUGUUUCUACUUGGCGUCAAUUCAAAAAGGCCAACUCUAAGUUCUUCGGCGCCAUCUGGCGUGGUUUUCAGUCUAUCUGGUCCAAGAAGGCAAAGCAAGAAAUGGCCAAGCGUAGGAGUGGACCAGAUGAGGAUGAUGCUCCCCGACCUUCAGUUGAGACGCACCGAACUAGACAGUCUAUGCGCCAGUCUAUAGCAUCCCCUUUCACCGGUCGCGAGUCCUUCAUGUCUGCCCGCGAGGACAUUCAGAUGACACCUGUUCCAUCGCCAUCACCUCAGGCUACGCCGCACAUCCAAUUCGAGAUGCCCGACCAGCAAGAUGCGAAACGCGCAGCUGCCUUGAUGCAGAUGAAGUCUGACUUCAUCAAUUACAGUCACCCUGCGUCAGGUGCCCGAUUCCAGAAAGAUACCUGGAAAAGUCUUGUUGUAGGCGAUUUUGUUCGUAUCUAUAACGACGAGGAACUGCCUGCCGAUGUCAUCAUCCUCGCUACUUCCGACCCAGACGGAGCCUGUUUUGUCGAAACGAAGAAUUUGGAUGGCGAAACCAAUCUCAAGGUUCGCCAGGCUGUGCGUUGCGGACGAUCGCUCAAGCAUGCUAGAGAUUGUGAGCGCGCCGAGUUCAUGGUCGAAAGUGAGGGUCCACAGCCCAACCUCUACAAAUACAACGGUGCUAUCAAGUGGAAGCAACCCGUGCCUGGCUACCUGGACGAUGAACCUGAGGAGAUGACGGAACCCAUCACUAUCGACAACCUUCUCCUACGUGGCUGUAAUCUUCGAAACACCGAGUGGAUCGUUGGCGUCGUUGUCUAUACCGGACAUGACACCAAGAUCAUGAUGAAUGCUGGUAUCACUCCUAGCAAGCGUGCUCGCAUUGCGCGAGAGAUGAACUUCAACGUUGUUUGUAACUUUGGCAUCCUGCUUAUCAUGUGUCUGCUUGCUGCCAUUAUCAACGGCGUUGCAUGGGCAAAAACAGAUGCGUCUCUCCACUUCUUCGAUUUCGGAUCCAUUGGUGGAACUCCCGCUAUGAGCGGUUUCAUCACCUUCUGGGCUGCCAUCAUCUUGUUCCAGAACUUGGUGCCAAUCUCGCUAUACAUCACCUUGGAAAUCGUUCGAACUCUGCAAGCUGUCUUCAUCUACAACGAUGUAGAGAUGUACUACGAACCCAUUGACCAACCUUGUAUUCCAAAGUCAUGGAAUAUCUCGGAUGAUGUGGGUCAGAUUGAAUACAUUUUCUCUGAUAAGACCGGUACCCUCACUCAGAACGUUAUGGAGUUCAAGAAGGCCACAAUCAACGGACAGCCUUAUGGCGAGGCGUACACAGAAGCACAAGCUGGAAUGCAGAAGCGACUCGGUGUCGAUGUUGAGAAGGAAGGUGAGAGAGUUCGCGCCGAGAUUGCUGAUGCCAAGGUUCGCGCUUUGGCAGGCCUCCGUAAGAUUCACAACAACCCCUACCUCCAUGAUGAUUCCAUGACUUUCAUUGCACCCGACUUCGUUGCCGAUUUGGCUGGAGAGUCUGGCCCUGAACAGCAGGCGGCAAACGAUUAUUUCAUGCUUGCCCUGGCUCUCUGUCACACUGUAAUGGUCGAGAAGGUUGAUGGCGAGGAGCCAAGGAUGAUUUUCAAGGCACAAUCACCCGAUGAGGAAGCCUUGGUCGCCACUGCUCGUGACAUGGGAUUUACUGUUCUAGGAAGCUCUGGUGAAGGUAUGAACCUGAACGUCAUGGGUGAAGACCGGCAUUAUCAGAUUCUCAACACGAUCGAAUUCAACUCUAGUCGAAAGCGAAUGAGUUCAAUUGUCAGGAUGCCCGACGGCCGAAUCAUUCUCUUCUGUAAGGGCGCCGAUAGUAUUAUCUACUCGCGUCUGAAACGAGGAGAACAGAAGGAGCUCAGAAAGGCUACUGCUGAACAUCUUGAAAUGUUUGCCCGGGAGGGUCUACGAACACUUUGCAUCGCACACAAGGAAGUCUCCGAGCAGGAGUACCGAGCGUGGAAGAAGGAGCACGACGCAGCAGCAUCUGCUCUGGAAGAGCGAGAGGAGAAGCUGGAAUCUGUGGCCGAGCUGAUUGAACAAGACCUCUACCUCAUUGGCGGUACAGCUAUCGAAGAUCGUUUGCAAGAUGGAGUUCCUGAUACUAUCGCCCUCUUGGGUAACGCUGGUAUCAAGCUAUGGGUUCUUACUGGUGACAAAGUCGAGACGGCUAUCAACAUCGGCUUUUCAUGUAAUCUUCUCAAUAACGAUAUGGAGUUGAUUCACAUAAAGGUAGAUGAGGAUGAGUCGGGUGAGGUUGCCGACGAAACAUUCUUCGACAUGGCCGAAAAGAUGUUGGACGACAAUCUGCAAACUUUCGGUAUUACUGGUAGCGAUCACGAUCUUGCCCUCGCCAAGAAGAACCAUGAGCCGCCUGCCCCCACACAUGGACUUGUUAUCGAUGGUUUCACACUCCGCUGGGUUCUCAACGAUCGCUUAAAACAGAAGUUCCUUCUGCUUUGCAAGCAGUGCAAGUCUGUCCUAUGCUGCCGUGUCAGUCCCGCCCAGAAGGCUGCCGUGGUAGCCAUGGUCAAGAAUGGCUUGGAUGUCAUGACUCUUUCCAUCGGUGACGGCGCCAAUGAUGUUGCUAUGAUCCAGGAAGCCGAUGUUGGUGUCGGUAUUGCUGGUGUUGAAGGUCGUCAGGCUGCUAUGUCUUCUGACUAUGCGAUUGCCCAGUUCCGUUUCCUGUCAAGACUGGUACUCGUCCAUGGUCGAUGGUCCUACCGUCGUCUUGCUGAGAGUAUAAGUAACUUCUUCUACAAGAACAUGGUCUGGACUUUCUCCAUCUUUUGGUUUGAGAUCUAUUGUGAUAUGGAUAUGACCUAUCUCUUCGAUUACACCUACAUCCUCAUGUUCAACCUGUUCUUCACAUCGAUCCCUGUUGCUAUCAUGGGUGUCCUAGAUCAGGAUGUUUCUGAUAAGGUGUCCCUUGCUGUUCCCCAACUCUAUCGUCGAGGUAUCGAGCGGCUGGAGUGGACCCAGCUCAAAUUUUGGCUUUACAUGAUCGAUGGUGUCUACCAGUCCAUCAUGGUGUUCUUCAUUCCUUACCUUCUCUUUAUGCCUGGUACCUUUUUAACCGCGAAUGGCCUUGGCUUGGAGGACCGCCUUCGAUUUGGUGCCUACGUCGCUCACCCUUCUGUUAUCACCAUCAACAUGUACAUUUUGAUCAACACCUAUCGAUGGGACUGGCUGAUGGUGCUGAUUGUUGUCAUCUCGGACCUUUCAAUUUUCUUUUGGACUGGAGUCUACACUUCGUUCACCUCUUCGGUAUACUUCUAUGGAACCGCCGCCCAAGUCUACGGAGAAGCAACCUUUUGGGCUUGCUUCUUUUUGGUUCCCGUCAUUUGCCUCUUUCCGCGGUUUGCCAUCAAGGCUCUGCAGAAAGUGUAUUGGCCUUAUGACGUGGAUAUCAUCCGUGAGCAGGAGAGAAUGGGUCAGUUCGCUCACCUCUACCAAACAGCCGAUUCGAGCGAUCCUCCCAUCGCCGACACGAAGAGCGACAAGUCAAAAUCAUCCAAGAGCUCAAGGAGGUCGAAGAAGAUGCCAAAGCAUGUGGCUUACGGUAGUGUCGACGAGGACCUCCGACCCAUCUACCCUCCUUCAACGGCAACACGCACUACGACAUAUAAUCAGCACAGCCAAAACGGUAGCGACUCGACUAAUUAUACGGCGCACCGUAUAUCAUUGGAUGUGCCUAUGCAAGGUCGGCCCUCGGUUGACCGUGCGCGACCGUCCUACGACCGUAUGCGAGCUUCGAUGGAUAGGGUCAGACCCAGUUUUGAAGCCAGCAAUGACUUCACAUCAGCAGCGCGGUUGUCAAGAAUCGAGUCAAGCCAGUCACAAGGAGGCCGGUUCCGCCCUCGUCUAAGAGGGCUUUCGCUGACCAAGAGUGCGAACUUGUAA